AACGUCAAACAUUCCGUCACUCCGCCCUCCGCUGUUUUUCUGGUUUUCCGUGGCUCCGGAUUUCGCGUUCCGCGGACAGUUUCGUGUUAUUUUUUUCCUGGUGCGGUGAUUUUGCAUUGUUUUAAUUUUCGCCGAUUUCGCCGCCGUGAUUAAGCGGUUAGACUUCCGGCGUGAUAAAUUUGGAAACCAACCGUCGUGAAUCACUUGGAAGCCGCUUUGUUUAUGCUCGCGAUUUUGUUUCGAUCGGAAUCGAGUUUACGGUUCUUUUUUUUUUUGCUUGCCGCCGGGGCCUGCUUCGAUUUCAGAACGUGGCGCGACGAAGGAGCCUUUGUUUUGUUUACAUUUUCGGGGUCGAGCCUUGAGUUUGGCUGCUUUUUUUCAUGGUGAAAGUGCAUGAAGAUUAAGGUGCAAUUAGUUCGAGUGCCUUUUUAAUAAAAUAGUGAAAAAGAGUGGCUGCAUGCGUGUGUAUUUGUGCGUUUGUUGGUGUGCUGCAAUUCUAUUCUAAAAAGGUGUCGAAAGAAGAGUAAGAAAAUCGCAACUCCGGAAGGAACAACAUCAACACAAAGCGAGAGCCCGGAACGACGACGUGCAAGAGUGUGUGUUUGCCGCCUUUCGCUAAAAGUGUUCUAAAAUUCUCACCGCGUCACCGGUGAAAAAAAAGUCUGUGUUCAAAAUCGAAUAACAAGCCUCGGUAGAAAUUGCUAAUUGAAACGCUGCCCGUCCACUCUUCACUCCGUCAUCAUGCCGAUCCAAAUCGCGAACGAGAGCAACAACAGCGGCGGCGGCGGUGGGGCCGGCAACGAGAUUAAGGUGAAAAUCGCCUACAGCGGCGAGGUGAUGAUCACCUACAUCGACGAGGCCAUCACGUACGACGGGCUGUGCCGGGAGAUUCGCGAGAUUUGCCGGUUCGGCCAGGAGCAGGAUUUCACCAUGAAGUGGGUCGACGAGGAGAACGAUCCCUGUACGAUCCAGUCGGACCUGGAGCUGGACGAGGCCAUCCGGCUGUACGAGGUGAAUCGCGACUCGGAGCUUGUCAUACACGUGCAACGCGAAGUCAAGAUUUGAAAUGUCAAAUUAAGUCCAAGUCCAAGUCCAAGUCCAAGUCCAAGUCCAAGUCCAAGUCCAAGUCCAAGUCCAAGUCCAAGUCCAAGUCCAAGUCCAAGUCCAAGUCCAAGUCCAAGUCCAAGUCCAAGUCCAAGUCCAAGUCCAAGU